UGUUGUUUUCAAGUAAUACAUUUCAAUAUACACCUAAACAGUAAAAUAUAUAUUUUUAGCAUGACAAGAGAUAAGAAACAAUAGACCUAUAUACAAAUUAUCUUAAGAUGUUACUUUUUGGCUCCAAUAUCCAUAUUUUUGUUCAUUCAAAUUUCUAAUUUACAUGAAAUAGAUGAUCAAAAAGGGAUAUCAAUAGACUGUGUUUAAAAUAUUAUCUGAGAAAUAAAAUGCUGCAUCAUUUUUACAGUUGAUGGUUUUAACCAAUAAAGAACAGAAACAAAGGAACAGAGUUUUGAACCACUAGAGAGAGCUGUUGAUCACAGAGUUUUAGUCGAGUUAAAGCGUAACACAAAAACUGCUGAAAAUAGUUAACUUUUUUCUUUAAUUUUAAAAUGAUUUUAAAGGGUUUUAGAGGAGGCAAGAACGAGAAAAAAGAAAAAGUAAAAGAAUUAAAAAAUAAACAAAAAAAACAUGAAAAACUGUUGUUCUCUUGAAAACGCCGCUGUUUCUCUGACUUUAUAUAUCAGUCUCAGUUUGUCAGUUCACUGAGAGAUCAACCUGAUAUAAAUGACCUUUGCUCUCAGAAAUUAUCCAUCAGCUCAGUUUAGUAACAUGUUUUGUCUCUCUACAUUUUUGUCAUUUUAUCCAGUGGCGGUCAGACUAAAACAGUCUUAAAGACUAACUACUGCUGAUAAAGUGUGUUUUGCCAUUAAGAUGCUUCAGCGUCAAAUUACUUGGUAAACAGGAAGGACUCUGGCUCCCAACAAGCCCUGAAGUUUAUAGCUGCGGUUUAUUCUCUGAUCUGGAAGCGCAGAGAUGGAUUACUUUUUUCAUCUGAAGACUGAAAAUGAAGAUUCUGGUGUUUCUGUGUUUUCUGAGAUGGAAUUUUCUCGGCGCUGCUGCAGUGAUUCACUCCCUGAAGUAUUUCUACACACAGUCCUUACAAGUCCCAAACUUCCCAGAGUUUGUGGCUGUCGGUUUGGUUGAUGAUGUUCAGAUCGAUUAUUAUGACAGCGACACCAGAGUGACGCUGCCCAAACAGGACUGGAUGAAGGAGGCCGUGGAUCCGCUGUACUGGGGGAGAGAAAAUGCAAACCGUCGAGGCAUUAAGGAGGUCUUCAAAGACAACAUUGAAACGAUAAGGCAGCGCUUCAACCAAACUGGAGGUGUUAACGUGUUCCAGAAUAUGUACGGAUGUGAGUGGGAUGAAGAGACUGGAGAGGUCAAAGGUUAUGAGCAGUACAGUUACGAUGGAGAAGACUUCAUUGCUCUUGACCUGGAGAAAGAAUCAUGGGUAGCUCCAAAACAGCAGGCUGUCAUCACCAAACAGAAGUGGGACAGUAACAAAGAUGAAUUGGUUUAUUUAAAGAACUACUACACCCAGAUCUGUCCUGAGUGGCUGAAGAAAUACUUAAAAUAUGGAAGGAGUUCUCUGAUGAGAACAGAGUCUCCAUCAGUGUCUCUCCUCCAGAAGUCCUCCUCCUCUCCAAUCAGCUGUCAUGCUACAGGUUUCUAUCCUGCCAGAGCUGAACUGCUGUGGAGGAAAGAUGGAGAGGAGAUCCAUGAAGGAGUGGAAAAAGGACAGAUCCUCCCCAACAAUGAUGGAACUUUCCAGAUGAGCGUUGAUCUCCAACUUCCAUCAGGAGAAGAAAUGCAGAGAUAUGAAUGUGUGUUUCAGCUCUCUGGAGUCAAAGACCAAAUCACUAAACUGGAGAAAACAAAGAUCAGGACCAAUGAAGAGUCCUUUGGUCAGACGAUGGUCAUUGUCGGUGUCGUCACUGCUGUUAUCCUUGUUGUUCUGGCUGUGUCUGCAUUCAUUCUUUACAAGAAGAAGAAUGCCAAACGUCCACCAUCCUCUGUAGAUAACAAAGAGGUCCAGCAGCAGAUGCUUCCAUCACCUUAAGAGAUUAACUCUCCUCUGAACUGUAUGGUGGCGCACUCUGCGGCCUGGUAGCUGGUGGAGGCGUGAUUCAUUGGAUCUGCUUCCCCCUCACGGGUCCUGUUUCCCGAUGCCGUGAUCUAAUUGGACCAGCCAACUCGGCACAUAUUGAUGAGAAGGGUAAAGCUUCAAGUUUCGAUGCCGAGGGUCCUUUAACCAUGCGUCAAUAUGUGACGAGUCGGGAGUGAGAAUGUGUUGGUCCGGUGAGUAUGCUGGCCAUGCAAGAACUGGGACAUUUUCAGCUCACAUUGUACUGUACACAAGAAUUGUGUACAGAUCCUUGCAACAUGGGACCGUGCAUUAUCUUGCUGAAACAUGAGAUGAUGUUCGUGGAUGUAUGACACAACAAUGGGCCUCAGGAUCUCAUCACAGUAUCUCUGUGCAUUCAAAAUGCCAUCAAUAAAAUGGACCUGUGUUCUUCGUCCAUGAGGAUGCCUGCCCAUACCAUAACCCCACCACCACCAUGGGUCGGAGAAAUGAACAUUGAAUGCACGAGCAACAGAUCUGGUUGACAUUCCUGCUGUCAGCAUGCCAGCUGCACACUUCCUCAAUGCUUGUAACAUCUGUGACAUUUUGCUGUGAGCCAAAACUGCACAUUUCAGGGUGGCCUUUUAUUAUGGGCAGUCUAAGGAUCACCUGUGCACUAAUCAUGAUGUCAGAUCAGCAUCUUGAUGUGGCACACCUGUGAGGUGGGAUGGAUUAUCGCAGCACAGCAGAAGUGCUCACUAUCACACAUUUAGAGAGAUUUGUGAACAAUGUUUGAGAAAAAUGGUAAUAUUGUGUCUCUGGAAUCAAUUUUAGAUCUUUAAGUCCAUCUCAUUAAAAUGGGAGCAAAAACAAAAGUGUCGUGUUUAUAUUUUUGUUGAGUGUACAUUGGAACAGAGUUUUAGAAAGUAUUUUGAAGCUUUCUAUCCCUUUCUGGGUGCUUUUCAUUAAAACAGAACAUAC